AUGCCCCAAAGAUCUCUUUCUGAUAUCUUCAUUAUUAACAACCGUCUGAUAAUCCCACCUGGAGCUGUUGCCGCGGGGACUAGAACGUCUCUUCCAAGCACAAACGGGUUCCAAGAUGAACUCCAAGAGCGGACGACCCAGACCGGCUGGGGGAGGGUCGGUAGUGGCAAAGGUCAGCUGAUGAGCAUAGCAUAUGAUCUUCGAGAAAUAACUGACCGAGCCCUAGCCUUCUACGACCUCCUUAUAUCAACCUCUCAAGAGAACGAAAUAAACGGGGCCCAGGUAACAGCUACUGAUUUCAUCAAUUUAUCGCCAGCUUCAUCAUUCAAGCCUUCGAACAUUCCCGAUCAGGGUAUUCUCCUAUCAACCGUUUUUAGUUUGAUAACGGACCUCACAAUAUUUAUGGAUGGCCACGACACUCAGUUACUUAUGACUGCAUUGAAGUCUCUGGGUUCGCUGGCCGUAUUGCAUGUAACCUAUCCAAUCCGUAGGUUAAAGGUCUUUGAUAACCUCGCCGCACUCGUUUCGCCCGUUUUGCCUCUAAAGGUUCUAAGAAUUACCGGCGCCCCUCCCUGCAGGCUUACAGACCUGGCGGUAACCACCAUUAGCCCGACCCUCCAGAUCCUUGAAAUUGCCCCGAAAGUAAUGUCGGACCCUGAUACUCUGUUAACGGAGACAGAAAUGCGGCUUGCUUGCAAGAUGAUCUAUGGGAAACUUUUGAUUGUGAUCGGGGGGCGAGACGUUCAGCAGGUUAGGAUCAGCGUCUGCCAUCUAACAAUAGACGAAAAUUGUCGUGUUAGUAAUUCAGUGCAUACAUGGAGAAGGGUCUCUGGUAGCCAACUCGAAUAUUCUGUUCGAACCAUCGAGGUGAAAGACGCUUUUACAAAGAUGGUAGCAAUCAAGAGAAUGGAUUCGUCUAGAGAUCGGGACCCCUUAGGAAUUGACCUAUAG